CUGCCCCAUCCACCCGUUACGUUGCUCUCAUUUUACUUAUCCAUGGUUCAUGUCGUCUGCAAAUAGAAGUGGCCUUUUUCACCUUUUUAGCAUUCUUCGACGAUCAACGAAAGACCUAUAACGCACUGCAUCCCCGAUUUUGGACUCUUCUACGCGUCGCAUUUCGCACGGGACAAUCGACGAGCCUUUGACUAUACCCUCCGCGACGCCUUCACGCUAUCAACCAUGCCGGCUCUCAGCCUCUUCGAACUGGCCCGUCAGCGGCUUAUCAAAAAUAUCGAUAUGCUCCGAGACGUUGGCGAUCUCCCCUAUUCGUUCCUCCAGCCCGUUCUCCGAUUCGUACAAAGCCCAGACCAGCUCCUCGAGCUCGAGAACAACUGCCCACAACUACAGGGAGAGACGGGUGAAAUAUGGCUGCGCUUCAUAAGACGAGACAUACCCGACUGGGAAAAGAAGCCACACGAACCGCGCGAUCCGCGCAAUUGGAGUAAAGUCUACCGCAAACUUAAGAAGGAUGCGGAGCGCGAGAAACAGGCCGACGAAGAGGCGCUGAAACAGCACAUGCAGGCGUUGCAGAAGGACCGCGCAAAAAACAAGACGCUUAUUGUGGAUAGCCGGAUUGGCUAUGGCUCGGGCGGUAGCAGGAUGUUUACUGGCAGGACCACCACACCCUGGGGCCAACCUUCGGGCGCGCCGGCGAAAACAGGCAAGGCCGCUUUCGACAAGCUGAAGCGAGGCAUGUUCGACCAUGGUCGUGAGCGUCCAAAGGCCAGUCAUAUACCAGCACAUAUUCUAGCUCAGAGAAAGAGUACCAUUCGUCAAGCACCAGCGCGCAUGAUUAGAAUGGCUGAGAGCGAGGCCCCCCGAACCAUGGUUUUGUCCAAGCAAGCAUCUACCUCGAUGGCCAACAAGCCAGAAUCCUCAAAUGCUGCGUCUGCCUCGACAAGCCGCCCCAACAUCACACAUCGACCAGCACCCCAACAACGCAACCCGCCCCCAACACGAACAUCACUACCAACGGGGCAACAGUUCAACGCGCCUAAGCCAAGGCCAAUGACUGGCCAGUCAGGUACAGCCCCAGCACCCAAAAGGAAAAGGGAGGAAUACAGCAUGUUCCAGCCAAAGAAGAGGAGGGCGCUCUAG